CCCAGCCCCCUGACUGCCCCACAGCACCCUACACGGAGUCCAGUGUUUAUUUGACUCACACCAGAGACCAGGCAGCUAGGCAGCUUCUGCUGUGACCUGCCUUCUGGCUCCAGCUCUUUAGGCAGCCAUAUAGCCCGUUGAGCACCCACACUUCAGGAAAGGUCUAGAGUGGGGAUCUCGAGCUGACCUGAGAGGAGGUAAGAACAGACCAGGGCGCAGAGGCUGGGGCCUUGACAAUGGGUGUGGGGCAAGGGCGUGGCCAGCAGCUUCUAGUCCCCACGUGGGCUAGCUAGACUUUGUCCCAGCAGAACUGGUUCAUCAUCCACCAGCUAUGUCUGCAAUGCUCCCAGAGGCAAUGGGAUUCCAGUGGCAUAGAGUAGAAAAGACGGCACAGUAGUUAAAGGACCUGCCUGAGGAGAUGCAGCUAGCAGGUGAGCGCUAGCCCUAAACUCACAUCGCAGCCCUGUGUGUUGUCUUUUCUCUGGAAUCUGAGGACGGUCCUCCAGGCAGUUUUGUCUGUCUGGCAAGGUUGGUCUCAGUAACUUUAACAUCUCAGUACAGUGUCUGGGUGGAACGGGAGAGAGCUGGCCCAAACAAAAGUACGGUUUGGGGAAUGCCGAAUACCUGGGAUGACUCAUCUGCUUGCUUCUAGGCUGGGGGUGCACUGACCACUGCCAUGCCCUCUGCAUUCUCCAUGAGGCCCUGGGAUGCUGUGCUCCCCAAUGCCACUGCAGCAGCAUGGACCAAUGGAAGUAUGCCAGAGACGCCCCUGUUCCACCUAUUUGCCCGGCUGGAUGAGGAGCUGCACACAGCCUUCCCCAGCCUGUGGCUGGCACUAAUGGUCGUGCAUGGCACCAUCUUCCUCGCCGGGCUGGUGCUCAAUGGACUGGCGCUGUAUGUCUUCUGCUGCCGCACGCGGGCCAAGACACCCUCGGUCACCUAUACCAUCAACCUGGUGGUGACUGACCUGCUAGUGGGCCUGUCUCUGCCCACACGCUUUGCUGUCUUCUAUGGUGCCCGCGGCUGCCUGCGCUGUGCCUUCCCUCAUGUCCUGGGCUACUUCCUCAACAUGCAUUGUUCCAUCCUCUUCCUCACCUGCAUCUGUGUGGACCGCUACCUGGCCAUCGUGCAACCCGAGGGUUCCCGCCGCUGGCGACAACCGGCCUGCGCCAAGGGUGUGUGCAUCUUCGUGUGGCUGGCAGCGGGAGUCGUGACCCUGUCGGUACUGGGUGUCAAGUCUGGUGGGCGAUCCUGCUGCCGUAUCUUUGCGCUGACUGUUCUGGAGUUCCUGCUGCCGCUGCUGGUCAUCAGUGUAUUCACUGGCCGCAUAAUGUGUGCGCUGUCUCGGCCAGGCCUGCUGCGCCAGGGCCGUCAGCGCCGUGUGAGGGCCAUGCAGCUGCUGCUCACUGUGCUAGUCAUCUUCCUGGUCUGCUUCACACCCUUCCAUGCUCGCCAGGUGGCUGUGGCCCUGUGGCCCAAUGUGCCUCACCACACAAGUCUCGUGGCUUACCAUGUGGCGGUCACCCUCAGCAGCCUCAACAGCUGCAUGGACCCCAUUGUCUACUGUUUCAUCACCAGUGGCUUCCAGGCCACUGUCCGAGGCCUCUUCCACCAGCAUGGAGAAGAAUUCAAGCCCUGCAGUAUGGACGUGGUCAGCAUGCAUAAGAGCACCAAGGGCUCAGGCCCCCAUCACAUCCUCAGCGCUGGCUCUCACACCCUCACCCGGGCUCUGACCAAUGGCUCUGAGCCACAGGCAGCAGUGCUCUGCCAAGAACCAAAGGUCACGGCUCUGGGAGGUUACCAGCCAGACACCUCUUGGGCCUGACCAGCGAGUUGAUUUCCUAGUGAUCCAUUGGCCAGGGCUACCCA